AUGAUGCUGGCCCAAGCUCAGGAGUGUCUGUUUGAGAAGAUCGCUCUGUCUGGCAUCCGCAAUGAGUUCUUCUCUCUCCUCAAGAUGGCCCACGAGGCUGCCAAGGAUGUGUACUCUAACAGAACAUCUCUGUCCUCUCAGGUAGAUGUGUUCUCUAAUAGAACGUCUCUGUCCUCUCAGGAUGUGUUCUCUAACAGAACAUCUCUGUCCUCUCAGGGAGACACCUAUGACCAGGUUCACCAGUCUAUGAGCCAGACUCCCAUCAAGGACAACGUCCCGUUCUUCUGGUCGACCAUGGCUCAGGUCAAGACCCACCACUACCGUUCACUGGCACACUACUUCCUGGCUACUGCGCUAUUGGACCACCAGCUGAGUCCCAGUGAUGACGAGGACCAACAGGAGAAGGCUCUGUCCCAGGCGUAUGAUGCCAUGCCAGAUGGCCUCUCCCCACUCGACAUCCUCAGGAAGAGAGAGGAGAGACAACGCAUCGGUAAUGCUCCAAACCCAAUACC